GCGUGACCGUUUACUGGACCCUGAUUGGCUAGCCGCUUCCUGGUUUGUCUGUCAGUCAGAUUCCUCCGGUGCUCUUGAGCUGUCCCGCAAUGUGGCUGUUGGUGGCUGUGACAGUCCUGGUCCCGGCAGUGGCCCUUACAGAUGAUGUAUCGAGUAAAAUCAGACAGGGAUUUGCCAGUGACUUGCUUUAUUCUGCAGAUCCCGAGGCCUUUAUGAAUAUUAGCGAGCUAAUCAGAUACAGAGGGUAUCCCAGCGAAGAGUACGAGGUGCUCACUGAAGAUGGCUAUAUCCUGAGUGUGAACAGAAUACCACACGGGGUUAAAUAUGAAUCUGAAGGCCCCAGACCGGUGGUUUACUUGCAGCAUGGGCUUCUAGCAGAUGGCAGCAACUGGGUCAGCAAUCUGGAAAACAACAGCUUGGGCUUUAUCCUGGCUGAUGCCGGCUAUGACGUUUGGAUCGGAAACAGCAGAGGGAACACCUGGUCCAGGAAGCACAAGACCCUUUCCCCCGAACAAGAUGAAUUCUGGGCCUUCAGCUACGAUGAGAUGGCUAAAAAGGAUCUACCUGCUGUCAUAGACUUUAUCACUAAGAAAACUGGCCAGGAGCAGAUAUUCUAUGUUGGCCAUUCUCAGGGGACCACCAUUGCAUUUAUUGCGUUUUCAAGCUUGCCGCAACUGGCUAAGAAGAUCAAAAUGUAUUUUGGCCUGGCACCCGUCGCCACAGUCAAGUUCUCCAAGAGCCCGUUAGCAAAACUGGGAGUCUUGCCAGAGUUCGUGAUCGAGAAAUUGUUUGGAGAGAGAGAGUUCCUCCCGCAGACCUACCUCAUCACCUGGCUCGCCACCCACUUUUGUACGCAUGUGAUCGCCCAAGAGUUGUGCGGAAAUAUUUUCUUCAUUCUGAGUGGGUUUAAUGAGAAAAACUUAAACAUGAGCCGUGUCGAUGUGUACUCUUCUCACUGCCCCUCGGGAACAUCUGUACAAAAUAUGCUGCACUGGCGUCAGGCCGUCAAAUCUGGGGAACUGAAGGCUUUUGACUUCGGUACCAAAGGGAACAUGAUUCAUUAUAACCAGACUACACCUCCUUUUUACAACGUGAAGGACAUGACGGUGCCAACGGCUCUCUGGACGGGAGGCAAUGAUUGGCUCGCUGACCCCAAUGAUGUUGCCUUGCUGCUUACACAAGUCAGCAAUCUGGUGUACCACAAAGAGAUCCCCGAAUGGGAGCACCUCGAUUUCAUCUGGGGCCUUGACGCACCUCAACGCAUGUACAAUGAAAUCAUUGCAUUGAUGAAGAAGUUUGGCUAGUGAAUCAGAAUACUCUCUUGCCCAUGGACUUCAGAGCUUCUGGCAGGUCUGGAGCAGACAUUUCCAACUUACAAGUCACUUGCUUUAGCACCAUUUUUGCUCAUCUUGUUUAUCCUGGGCCAGAAUUACAAUUCUCAAUAAACUCCCACCUGUCUA